UUAAGCCUUACGCUAAAAAUUACGCCCGAAUUGUGGUCUUUAAUGACGCCUAUACUAGCGAUUACUCCAAUGAAAUAAUGUUGACUACCCCCGAAGGAACUCCAGGUCCCGUAUCCUCAUUCGAUGGCAUAGCUCUUGGAUCGAAUGCCCUCUACUUGUUUUGGGGACGACCUGAAGAACCCAAUGGUAUAUUGACUGGAUUUAGAAUAUUUUAUCAGAAAGUAUUGGGCACUCAGUUGGACAGUCGACUCGAGCGCUCGCCUAAGAUUGAAGAUCCGCUCACCACUAAUGCAAGGCUUGCGGGACUUAUGCCUCAAACCAAAUACAGGGUAACUAUUCACGCGACCACUACUAAAGGGUUGGGCGAACCCUAUUAUAUAGAGCUCAGCACUAAAUCCGAGGAUUCGGCCGAAUAUCCUGACAAACCGUCUUUUGAAUGGUAUCACCGAAAGUCACCCGACGGUAAGGAUGAGCUCAGAGUCCAGUGGAAUCCCAAGACAGGAAGUGGCAAAAAUCCGGGCAGUUAUUUCUAUGUCCAGUACAGACUCAAAGGAAGCGAACGAUUCCUUAACACUCCUAAAGACGAGAAUCAGGAUUCACUGAUUGUGCCCAUCAGAGGAUUAGAGGAGGACAAGACGUAUGAGAUCCGAGUGGUGGCCGUCGACGGACAGUUCGAGACCCCCAGUGAGACACAGGAGAUCUCGUGGAGUGGUCGAGUCGUCUUAAUUCUGAAGCAUUUCUUAAUAUAUCUCUAUUGCCUGAUCUGA